AUGACGGAUAAUUCCAGUGCGGUUGCUGCCGGGGCUGUGGGCGGCACGGUCUGUGCUGGGAGGAGCAAGUCGUUGUUUCUGAAGGAUGACGAGCGAUUUCUCUUUGACUUUGGCGGGGAAUCGGCGGUGGAUGGUGCGACAAUGAAGGGGAGAGAUUCCACCAGCCCCGCGUCAUGCGCUUUUGCCUGCCCCCACGAGGGAGAGGGCGAUGAUGCCGACAGGCAGGUUCUCAGGGAUGACGUGGAUGCUGAGCUUGGCGUGCGAGGCAAAGUGGCGGUGGCCUCGCUGAGCGCGGCGGAGGUGCGUCGAUGUUUUCACGCCGCCCUGAACGCAGGCAGUGAUGUUUUUUUGAAUAUGCCACUAAACGAGGCGGUUGAAAAGUUCCAGUUUGGACUGCAGCGGUACAGCGAGGCGUUGUCUCGUCAUACACGGCAGGAGAAGCAGCGCAGGGCAGUACCAAGAAAACGGACCCGUAUCAGCAGUGACGAUGAUGAUAUUAAUAAUAAUAAUAAUAAUAAUAAUAAUAAUAAUAAUAAUAAUAAUAAUAAUAAUAAUAACACGAGUAGUCCGAAGAACGCUGGCGGCAGUUUUGAGGGCAAAAGGCGUACACACAAGUGA